AUGACAGGAAGAGCAAGAGCAAGAUCAAGAGGCAGAGGUCGCGGUCAGGAGCCUGCAGCUCCUGGAGCGCAACCAUCUGUACAACAAGAGGCUGCAAAGCCUGUUAUGCCCACUCCACCUGAAGGACAGCUGGUGGGGAGAGGGAGACAGAAACCUGCUCCUGGAGCCAUGUCUGAAGAAGCGAUGCUGCAGAUUUCUGCAGGCUUUCAGCAGGUAAAGAUCGGGGAAAGAGGUGGACGUAGGAGAGAUUUCCAUGAUUCUGGUGUCCACACUCGCCAGCUCAUGGAACAUGUGAAAGAGUCCAAAACAGGUGUUUCAGGCACUGCCAUUGAGCUGAGGGCCAAUUUCAUGCGUCUGCUUUCACGGCCUCUGUGGGCUUUGUAUCAGUACCACGUGGACUACAAGCCGCCUAUGGAGUCCCGGCGUGUACGCUCAGCUUUGCUUUUCCAGCACGAGGAGACUCUGGGCAAAGCACACACUUUUGAUGGAGCCAUUCUCUUCCUCCCUAACAAACUGCACAACUGUAUUGAUAAGUUGCUUUAUCUCCAGGAGACAGUCCUGUGCAGUGAGACUAGAAAUGGAGACAAGGUUGAGAUCACUGUUACACUGACCAACGAGCUCCCACCAUCCUCUCCUGUAUGCUUGCAGUUUUACAACAUCCUCUUCAGAAGAAUUCUGAGGAUACUAAACAUGCAGCAGAUUGGGCGUCAUUAUUACAAUCCUGAUGAUCCAUUCAACAUCCCCCAGCACAGGCUGACGAUUUGGCCUGGAUUUGUGACCACCAUCCUUCAGUACGAGUCCAGUAUCAUGCUGUGCACCGAUGUGAGCCACAAGGUUCUACGCAGUGAGACGGUCCUUGACUUCAUGUACAGUCUGAGGCAGCAGUGUGGAGACCAGCGCUUCCCUGAAGCCUGCACCAAGGAGCUUGUGGGCCUGAUCAUUCUGACCAAGUACAAUAACAAGACGUACAGGAUUGAUGAUAUUGCCUGGGAUCAUACCCCCACCAACACAUUUAAGAAGGGAGAUACAGAGAUCUCAUUCAAGAACUACUUCAAAACGCAAUAUGGUCUGGACAUAACAGAUGGCAACCAGGUUCUUCUGGUAAGUCACGUGAAGAGACUCGGACCCUCAGGUCGGCCUCCACCGGGACCUGCCAUGCUUGUCCCGGAGUUCUGCUACCUCACAGGUCUGACAGAUAAGAUGCGCGCUGAUUUCAACAUUAUGAAGGAUCUUGCUUCACACACAAGGCUGAGUCCUGAACAGAGAGAGAGCAGAAUUAACCGCUUAAUCUCCAACAUCAACAGAAAUGCAGAUGUGCAGAAUGAACUGACUACUUGGGGUCUGAGCUUUGAGAAUAGACUACUGAGUAUGAAUGGAAGGGUUCUGCCCUCCGAGAGGAUCAUACAGGGAGGCAGAGCGUAUGAGUAUAACCCAUGGACAGCAGACUGGUCUAAAGAAAUGAGAGGUCUCCCUCUGAUUAGCUGCAUGUCUCUGGACAACUGGUUGAUGUUCUAUACACGGCGAAAUGUGGACGUUGCCCAAUCUCUGCUACAAACUCUCCACAAAGUGUCUGGGCCCAUGGGUAUCCGCAUGCAGAGGGCCAUCAUGAUUGAGUAUGAGGAUCAUCAGGAAUCUCUCCUGAGAGCCCUGCAACAAAAUGUAGCACGUGAAACACAGAUGGUUGUGGUGAUCUUGCCUACCAAUCGAAAGGACAAGUACGACUGUGUGAAGAAGUACCUGUGUGGGGACUGCCCCACUGUUAGUCAGUGUGUGGUAUCUCGCACCAUUAGCAAACCUCAAGCGGUUAUGACUGUGGCCACCAAGAUUGCUUUGCAGAUAAACUUCAAAAUGGGAGGAGAGCUGUGGAGUGUAGAAAUCCCACUUCGGCAGCUGAUGAUCGUAGGUAUAGACUGUUACCACGAUACUGCUGCUGGGAAGAGAUCCAUUGGAGCACUGGUGGCCAGUCUGAACCAGGGCAUGUCCAGGUGGUUCUCCAAGUGCGUCUUGCAAAACCGUGGUCAGGAGAUCAUUGAUGCACUAAAAGGGUCUUUGCAAGCUGCCCUGAAGGCCUAUCUGAAGUACAACAACUCUCUGCCCUCCCGGAUCAUUGUGUACAGAGAUGGAGUUGGAGAUGGCAUGCUGCGGAGCGUGGUGGACUACGAAGUCCCUCAGAUCAUGCAGUCCAUCAAGACCAUGGGGCAAGAUUAUGAGCCCAAGCUGUCAGUAGUGGUGGUGAAAAAGCGCAUCAGCUCCAGAUUCUUUGCCCGGAUUGAUGGCAAAAUUGCCAACCCUCCUCCUGGGACAGUCAUUGACACUGAAGUCACUCGUUCAGAGUGGUAUGAUUUCUUCAUAGUAAGUCAGGCUGUGCGCUUUGGUUGUGUCGCACCUACUCACUACAACGUGGUGUUCGACAGCAGCGGCUUCAAACCAGAUCACAUGCAGAGACUCACCUACAAACUCUGCCACAUGUACUACAACUGGCAGGUGGAGGAGGUCAGAGGUGUAAUUGAUAAGAUCCCUUCCCUAGUUAAUGAGGUGAAGAAGAAACAUAGUGUGAUCCUUUCAACCCCCAACCCUGAUGAGAGUAAGUCAUCAUUAACCAAAGACUGUGAAAUAUGA